UCCCACUCACAUCCAAUUACUCUCCCAGGACGAAUAAGACAACCCAAAGAUGAAGUGAAUUAGAUGCAUAACGAUGCCUGCUGCCUCCAAUUGGCACAACAUAAGAAUGAAACGGGGCCGCAUCUACCAAUCAAACUAAAACCUAGAAGAGAAGAGAAGGCAAGCUUAGUGCUGUGCGAAUGUACAAUGAAUUUCUCUCCACAUCCAAUAGAAGAAACAUUGAAUUCGCCAGCAAUUUUUUUUUUUUUUUUUAAUUUUAAUUUUAACUUUAACUUGUAAUGUAAUGUUGAAGUAAAGUAAACGAGCUACAAGAAAACUUUUUAGUUGUUUUAGUUUAUUAAUUAAUAAUUCAUAAAAAUUACUUGGUUUUUUUGGUAGAAUCACCAAAUUAUAUGGGAGGGGAGAGAUGAAAGAAAUAUUUGACUUUUGUCAUAAAAACAAAAGAAAUUCUCAGAAAUAGUAAUCGGAUUUAGAAUUGAAGAUAGGAGAUUCUUUUGCUUUGUUUUCUGUGUGUUGAUGCUAACUAUUACUAUUAUUAAUAACAAUAGAACUAGUAAGAUUUAACAACUAGCAGUUGUUGAUACAGAUUUCUACUAUUAUUAAUGCAAUGAAUUAAACAAGUAGGUGGUGGUGGUGGUGGUGGAGGAGGAGCAGCAGAGAUGAGUGUGAGCCAUGCAUCGAUACAUCCGGUGGAAGAUCCGACGACGACGGAUGGCGGAAACAAUAACGCGCCGGGAGUGCGGAUGAAAGACAUACAAGGGAUGCCAGGCACCAAAGGCGGCCUUGCUUUGCGUCUCUCUCAGUUUGUAUUUGCUGUUACGGCUCUUUCUGUCAUGGCCUCCACCAGUGACUUCGCUUCUGUCACUGCAUUUACCUACCUAGUUGCGGCCGCUAGCUUGCAGUGCUUGUGGAGCCUUUGCUUGGCUAUUGUUGAUAUUUAUGCCCUUCUGGUGAUGCGCUCAUUGCAGAAUUACAGGAUUGUCAUCUCUUUUGCUGUUGGUGAUGGGAUAGCUUCCACGUUCACAUUUGCUGCAGCUUGUGCUUCUGCUGGCAUCACAGUCCUUAUCGACAAUGAUCUCGACAGCUGUGAUGAUAACCAUUGUUUGCAGUUCGAAACGGCUACAGCCAUGGCAUUCAUCAGCUGUUUCUCUGCAUUGCCAUCUUUUCUCUUGAACUUUUGGUCACUGGCAUCACGAUGAAGAAAAAACAACUUUUAUGAAUUAAAAAAUUAACUGACAACACUGGCCAUGUUGUGGUACCAACUGAAAUACAAGAGAGUCUUGUUUAAUGUUUGUUGCAUGUGUGUCUUGAAAGAAGGAUGGAUGCAUUUCUCUUUGCAUGCGAUUUUGUUGUAAAUUGGAACGCAACGUAAAUAUAUGGGGUGCUGUAUAUUUGCUUAUUUAGGAAAUGGAAUUGAUUGGAUGACUUUGGUGUA